AUGUCGGCCUUCACCAACCAGAGGCCACCUGCAGGUGCUCACUCGGGCCAGCAGCCGUCCGCCGGGCCGUCUGCAUUGAGUGGUCCCUCUGGUCCUCUCCACGAGCAACCACAGCCUGUCGCCUCGUCCUCUCGCAACCCCCAGCUCGGGCCGCACCCAUACUUCCGCUACCCCACUCCCAGUACCGAGCACAUUGAGGAUGAGUUACCGCCGUACUGGGAGGAGGAGAAUGUCCCCCUGGGGCCAUUGUUGGACCGCCUCGCGCGCAAGAGCUACAGCGACAUGCGCAUGCUCGUCGAAAAGACCCUACCUCCACUGGCGCCGCGGCAGAAGCCAAAACAUGUCAUCGAGUAUGCCAAAACAACCCGCCAGGCCGUCCUCAAGUACCUCGCCGUUUUAAGGUGGAAGACGAGUGUUGACUUGGCUACGGCCACGCAGCCCCAGGCGAACGGUCAUCCGGCUGCGGCCGCGUUCCCGACGCCGCUCUCGAAUGGCGAGUCCAACGACACUUCGCCUGUCUCGUACCCGCUCAAGGGCAAGGCGCGAGUUGAUGGCACGGCUGAGGAGCCGGUCGUGCGCGGCAAGGUCACGGACGCGAGACGCAUCCAGCACUUUCUGGAGCACCAGAACCAGCAGCAGGAGGCCGCCAUCACCCAUCUCCGACAUGUAACCGGGAUGAUCGACAUGUUGCGCGAGCGCAACGCCGACCUCCUCACAGCCCUCGCCGUCCAGUCCACAGGGACGUACUCGCGGCUUCCGUCGCAACUCAUGGACUGGAUCCCGCGCCCGCCGCUCAAGCCACCCGUCGUAUUGGACACUGUCGGGCGACUUAACGACCACACCCUCUACCGGCUGCGAUGUAUCGACUAUGUUCCGCCGGAUAUGGUGGUCGAGCGCGUCACCGACGGACGCGUCUACGUCCGUGGUGGAGGGGAGAAUGGAUGGGUUGCCCAGCUCUCACUGGAAGGCUUCGAAGACGAUUCCAAGUGGUGGCUCUGUGGUUUCGAAUGGGCUUGGAAGGUUGAUGGCGCCGAGGCAGCGAAGCCGUUUUCUGCCCAAGAGCUGCUCCAGAUCCUGAAUAUGUGCAACCAGGAGGUCCUCGUAGCACAGGAGGUCGAAGAACACCAGGAGCAGGAGGGAAAGACCGAUGGCAACGAGUCCACAGUGGACGCGCCGCUGGUGCGAGUAUACAACUUCUUGCAACAUUUGUCGCUUGCUUACCAACUCGAGGCCCUCUACUCGCAGGCUCUGGCCAUGACCCAGGGCCGAUGGCGGGGACAGCUCCAAGUUGAGAUCGACCGAACAAAGAAGGAGCUCCGAUUGAGGUACUGGAUCCGCCAGCGGCCACAAGCGCCAGCACUAGUUGCGCCAGGCAGUAUGCGACCUCAGCCGCCACAGAGCGCCAGUUCGUCGAGCAACAAAGGGCCAAUGGUUGGUGGGACCAUUACGAUCGCACUGGCGGAGGCGGCGACGCCGAUGAGCGAGGCCGAGCGUGUCCUGCGGGAAGUAGCCGUCUGCGGAGUCGAGCCAGUGGACCGAACAGUACGGUUCGAGCUGGGGAUCAAGUGGGAGGUUGGAGAAGCGGGAGCGGGUGGCGGGCUUAGGGCUGGAGAGGCCAUGGACGCGUCUGGCUUGAGGAUCGAUCCAUCGUCCCUGAGCAUGAAGGGAAUCGUCACGACGGCAACGCGAGCACAUGCGGCUCAUCUGUCACGGGUGAAUACGGCGCUACUGUUGACAAACGAGCGGCUCAUCUUGGACCCACACAACCCUCCGCGGAUGGAGGAGUCUGAGUCUUCGAGCACCCGGCCAGUGUGUCUAAUCGUUCCCUUGCCGUCGCGGGGACAGCUGUCGGUCUCUGUGUCCUCGAUCUCGGGGUUACUCGAGAUCGAAGAUUCGAUCGCGCGCGACAACGGCCAGGUCAUGGAGAACAACCGCACGUUGCGCGCAAAGCUGGCGACGAACUCAUCCAACGAACAGAAGACCAGGUUGGCAGACGACGUGUACCGGCUAGUCUCGGCUAUCAUCGUGGAGGACAUCGAAGACAAUCUGCGCCAGUUGGGCCUGCACCCCCUACGCCGCGUCGCCUUGCGCACAAACGACACCAAGUCCGACUUGCAUCCGUCUUCAACUGUGUUUGUACCACUGCCCGUAUCCCAGAACCACUACUUUGUCGCCAAGGUCACGACCAAGGGCAUCGCGUAUGAGCUUCUCAAGCUGUUGCGUGUACCCAUGGAAGGCAAUGGAGGCAUGAGGAUGUCGGUUGGCGACCGGAUCCCCAUCGACUUGGCCAAACUGGUUGAGCGGCGCGCGGCCAAGGGCGCCAAGCGCGGUCUCGACGCCGAGGAUGCUGUCACUGAAUUGGACGUCCUCAAGUGGGAGAGCAGAUCGGAAAAGAGCUGCCCCUUCCAGGUACACGCGCGGGACCUGCAGGACAUGUUCACGUACUGCAACGCGCUCGUCGCGCAGACCAUGGUCGAGCAGCAGCUCAAGGACCGUGGUAUCCCUUACACAACCCAGUUCCCUGAGGAGAACGACUUUGCCGCGCCGCGAAGCCGCUCGGCGCUUGCUGGCAUGAUUCCGAACAUCUGCGUCAACGCCAGCCACUUGUUCAAAGACGGGCGCGCAGCCGAGGUCGCAUCGCCCAAGGUCUUCCUCGUCAUCAAGAAUUGGUGGUCGGGGACGCAGUGCAGCAUCGAGACGAUCGUGCGUCUUCGCCACCAGCCGUCGUUGGAUAGCCAGCCCGCGGCACCCGUGGUCCGCGCCACCGACGCUGGGCGCUCUGAGGGCAUCACGUUCGACCAGAACACUCUUACUGUUCGGUUCCAUGCGCCGAGCAUCGCGCGUUGUGUGCCCGACUUCCUGGAGCAAUGGGAGCGCCUCAGCAAGGUCAUCGUUGUGGCCGGCGAGGUCAACCGCCUCAACAAGCAGGAGGAGUUCAGGGACAUCCGUAUGCUCUCGUUCGAUCUGUGCACAGCAAGCGUGCAGUACGCACCGGGGUUCAACGUGGCGAUAACAUAUACGCCGACGUCGGACUCUUACGAGGCAUCCUUCUCCAGGGCAGGGCUAAACAGUGCAACGCCUGCACCGACUGGGACAUUGCCUACGGACAGCGGCGACAACCCUCACGCAGCGUUGGCGCCGCUGCUUUCAGCGCACCUGAACGAGCUGACGCAGCUCGCACCAGUGGGAGGGCGCGGGCAUGCUGGGCGUGACUUCCUGCAGCUACUGCGCACGACGCUCCCGCUCCUCCUCGAGGCGGAGGCGCUGCGCGUGGCCCGCGCCAGUCCUUACCCCGCGCUCGUAGUGCGCAGCGUGACCGAGUAUCGCUUGGUGUGGGACCACGAAGGGUCAACGCCAGCACGCUAUGCACUUGACGUGCUCCUCACGCAGACCUGCGGUGCGCGCUUCCUGCUCUGCGACGCGACGAGGCGCAAGGACGUCCCCGACGACCUGACGUGCGGGCCACUCACCCCGAUCCCGAAUAUCGGUAACGCGAUGCUCAAGGGGUUCCAGGCGGCCAAGAUCGCAAAGGUCUCCACGCCAUGUGGACCGGCUGGCACGCCACGUACGCCCAACCCCAAGACGCCCAAGACGCCAAGGGAGGGCCGUCUGGCGGUCAAGAGCAUUGCGCCAGCCAUGCCGCCGGCCGCGCGCCUGGAUGGCGGCGAGAGCAUGGUCUGCUCCGUGGGGGUCAUGCACGACGUGCUGCGCGCCAUCUCGAACGAGAUCGAGAUUGCGAUUGGCGGUGUUCCAACGGGGCCGGGGAGUGUGCGGGGUUAG